AUGCAUGAGGCGGCAAAACACGCCUCUUGUGCAUAUCUCAAGAAGGAGCGGUCAGCAGACUCCUGCCUACAAAGCCGAGGGAGACUCGACGCCAGAGGUCUCGUUUGGCUACUGCUUGCCUUUGCGGCCGUGGGCGCCGGGGCGGAGCAAUGCGAAGCGCAGGAUUCUCCAGGCCGUUCUCUUCUUCAGGCCAAGAACACUGUCUUCAAGGCAGUACACUUGGACUCGGAAGACAGACAGGCGCUGCUCGAGAGUCCGAGGCACUUGCCUGGCGUGCUGGAGCCCGCGGAACUCGCGAAAGGUCUUGCUAGAAGAAGCGCGGCAUAUCGAAUAGCGAUGAGCGCUUUUUCUGGCGGCCUUUGGUCUGUCUGCUCUGUAAUUCUCAUCACCGCCCUUGUGACCUUCGCUGUUGUCUAUCACGAGGCGCUACGGAAACGUUUGUCGGGCUUCCUGGGACGACCAGUGCAAGGCUCCUCACUGGACAGCAAGGUGCCGCUGGUGCCCGGCGGUAGCACGGAUUUCUGCCCCGAGCUGGUUGUACCUGCCGGCUGCGAAUGCAUCCUCAUCAUUCCGUCACGGCCAAGACGUGGGGAGCCCUAUGGUAUCACCGACAAUAACGGGAGCACCGUACUCACUGUUGCCGAUGAGGACAACCCUUCCUGUCCCACGCCGAGGCGAUUGCUUCUUGCCGAGGACGGCGUUGUCCUCGCGAAAUGUGGCAGAGCUCAGUCUUCUCUUCCCAGCAGCAUGCCCAAUGCCAUCGACUUCGAGCUUGUAUCUUCGAAGGGGGAUGUGUGGGCCGAGCUGUCAUAUCAACCGAGAGAAGGCUCAGAGGAGCAGGACAAAUGCACGAUUAAGUCGAAGACCGGAAGACAGUUCACUGUGGCUGGAUCUGUUCGGCACAACGCGCUGAACUUCACGGACGGGCCGGACGGGCAGGGUGGCCUCUUAGCCACCACGGAGCCUGUUCGGACAGCAGGUCCACUGGGCCAUGCACCAGGCACUAUCUUUCGACUCCGCAUUGCACCGCAGGCGGACGUCGGCCUAGUGCUGUGUGCCCUGAUCUGUUUACAACAUCUCACUUCCUGA